AUGGCGGAUGUACUAGGUUUCGCUGGGCCGGCUAGCAACGAUACUGUGAAUUUGUCUAUCAACUCUCUAAUACUACAAAACAGCCUACUGUGGCUACCACACCUCAGUCGCGAACAGCGAGGACAUCUCAACCACGAAGACCACCCCGAUAAGAACACAACCACCAUCUUCGGCCACAUAAGCACACACGCCUGCCCAACCACCAAUAAGUCUUCAGCAAGCACGACAACGAUCUUUGACUGGGGAGUGGAUUUAACCAAUCUCUUAGAAGAAGACCAAGCUUCCACGAUGAAAUGGCUCUCUAACCACGAAAAGCCUUGGCUUAUGAUUAUGGGUAAUGCCAGUGGUCACGGUCUUGGUUACACCAGCCAUCACUGGUGUUAUUCACAAUCAAAAGCUAAGGCCUGUCGUGGUUGGGAAGCAAUUCCGUGA